UUUCCAUUCUGUUUGGGUUCAUGAAUAGGCAAUGGCGUCUGUUCUUUGAAGUCAGCGCUUGCUUCUGUUUGUAUAUUUAUAUAUAACUCUUCUUCUUCGUGUAAUGUAUCAAAGGGCUAAGAAAGAAAAUACAUUGAAGAAUCCGCCAUGGAAGUAGCUCUUGGAGCUUGCACUGUUCCUUCACUUCGAAUCCUCAAAACCAAGACCCAGUUUUCAGGACCCAUCUUCACUUCCCUUUCGAGUCUGAGACCCAAUUCUCGAAUUCCCCUUAUCUUCAAACCCUCACCGCGAAAAUCCGUUCUUUUCACUGCCGGUGUAUCGUCGUCACCAACUGUUCUCCCGACGGAACCGGAGACGAAAACCGAUUCCGGGUCGGAGAAGUUCGAUUGGUACGCGAAUUGGUACCCGGUUAUGCCGGUUUGCGACCUGGACAAGAGGGCUCCACACGGGAAGAGAGUUGUAGGGCUUGAUUUGGUGGUCUGGUGGGACAGGAACGAGAACCAAUGGAAGGUUAUGGAUGACACGUGUCCUCACCGCCUUGCUCCAUUGUCGGAUGGGAGGAUCGAUCAGCGGGGGAGAUUGCAGUGUGUGUACCAUGGGUGGUGCUUCAGUGGCUCGGGUGACUGCAAGUUCAUUCCUCAGGCACCACCUGAUGGACCUCCGGUCCAUACUUUCAAGCAAGCGUGUGUGGCCGUUUAUCCGAGCACAGUGCAGCAUGAUAUUAUCUGGUUUUGGCCAAACACCGAUCCGCAAUACAAGAAUAUCAUCGAAAAGACGAAGCCCCCUUACAUCCCCGAGUUAGAGGAUCCUUCAAUCACUAAGCUAAUCGCUUCGAGAGACAUUCCUUUCGGGUACGAUAUCUUGAUCGAAAACCUCAUGGACGCGGCUCAUGUUCCUUAUGCACAUUACGGACUAAUGCACGCUCCUGGACCGAAAGUGAAAGCUGAUAGAGAAGGCGGUACACCGCUCGAAAUAAACGUCAAAACGAUAGACAAGAACGGGUAUUCUGCCCUGCAAAACUGGGGUUUUUCAAAUUUUAUCGCACCGUGUGUCUACCGAGCUUCUACCGAUCCUUUGCCCGAGAAACGAAGCGAGUCUUUGGCACCGGAUGCGUAUGAAAAGACAGCGCCGCCAAAGCACAGUUUGUCUUUGAUCUUCUUAUGCGUUCCCGUUAGCCCAGGACGCAGUAGGAUAAUAUGGACGAUAAAUUCUGGCUUAGACUUCGACAAGAUUGUUCCGAGAUGGGUGUUCCAUAUCACGCAAAACAAGAUUCUCGACUCGGAUUUAAACAUUCUCCACGUCCAGGAGCGGAAGAUACUCGAGAGAGGCCCUGAAAACUGGCAAAGGGAGUGUUUUGUUCCGACGAAGUCAGAUGCGCUCGUGGUGGCAUUCAGGAGAUGGUUCAACAAGUACGGCGGAUCUGAAGUCGAUUGGAGAGGAAGGUUUGAUCCGUCUCUUCUUCCCCCGACACCUCCCCGAGAACAGCUCUUCGACAGGUAUUGGUCGCACGUCGUGAACUGUAGAAGCUGCAAUACGGCGUACAAGCGUCUGAACGCCCUCGAGGUCAUCUUGCAGAUUUUCUCCGUAGCAUCCGUCGGAAUAGCGGCCGCCUCAAAGCGAACGGCCGCGAGAACGGGUCUCGUGUUGGCCGCGGUUUUAUGCUACGCCGCUUCGAAGUGGUUGUCGCACUUCAUCUACAAGACCUUCCGUUACAAGAAUAAGACGACAGAGGAAUCCCCCACCUCUGUUGGUUAAGAGUUCACUUUCUCAAGCGACGUCGUGAGUUCAACACCCAGAGUAUGGAGAUUCCCCUUUCGCCUGCCGGUUUCGGCCGAUUUACACCCACGUGUGUGUUGCAGGCUCGCAUGCGUAGACCGGGAUUAGUCUGGGCUCUUGGGCCUUGGAAACCCGACUUACCAAAAAAAAAAUAAGACGACACAACUGUGUCUGUGUAAUGAAUCUGACGACCCAAAUAAUGGAAGACAGUUGAACCCCA